AUGAUGGUGCACUGUGCCGGUUGCGAGCGGCCCAUCCUCGACCGCUUUCUGCUGAACGUGCUGGACCGCGCGUGGCACAUCAAAUGUGUUCAGUGCUGCGAGUGCAAAACCAACCUCUCGGAGAAGUGCUUCUCGCGCGAGGGCAAGCUCUACUGCAAAAAUGACUUCUUCAGGCGUUUCGGCACAAAGUGUGCAGGAUGCGCACAGGGCAUCUCCCCCAGCGACCUGGUGCGCAAAGCCCGGAGCAAAGUCUUCCACCUCAACUGCUUCACCUGCAUGGUGUGCAACAAGCAGCUGUCCACGGGUGAAGAGCUCUACGUCAUCGACGAGAACAAGUUUGUGUGCAAAGAUGACUACCUGAGCUCCUCCAGCCUCAAGGAGGGCAGCCUCAACUCGGUGUCAUCCUGUACGGACCGCAGUUUGUCCCCGGACCUCCAGGACCCCCUGCAGGACGACCCCAAGGAGACGGACAACUCGACCUCGUCUGACAAAGAGACGGCCAACAACGAGAACGAGGAGCAGAACUCGGGCACCAAGCGGCGCGGCCCGCGCACCACCAUCAAAGCCAAACAGCUGGAGACGCUCAAGGCCGCCUUCGCCGCCACGCCCAAGCCCACACGCCACAUCCGCGAGCAGCUGGCUCAGGAGACUGGCCUCAACAUGCGUGUCAUCCAGGUGUGGUUUCAGAACCGACGGUCCAAAGAACGCCGGAUGAAACAGCUGAGCGCGCUGGGCGCCCGGAGACACGCCUUCUUCCGGAGUCCACGGCGCAUGCGUCCGCUGGGGGGCCGCUUGGACGAGUCCGAGAUGUUGGGGUCCACCCCGUACACCUACUAUGGAGACUACCAAGGCGACUACUACGCGCCGGGAAGCAACUACGACUUCUUCGCGCACGGCCCGCCGUCGCAGGCGCAGUCCCCGGCCGACUCGAGCUUCCUGGCUGCCUCGGGGCCCGGAUCGACGCCGCUGGGCGCGCUGGAGCCGCCGCUCGCCGGCCCGCACGCCGCGGACAACCCCAGGUUCACCGACAUGAUCUCGCACCCGGACACGCCGAGCCCCGAGCCGGGGCUGCCGGGCGCGCUGCACCCCAUGCCCGGCGAGGUGUUCAGCGGCGGGCCCAGCCCGCCCUUCCCCAUGAGCGGCACCAGCGGCUACAGCGGACCCCUGUCGCACCCCAACCCCGAGCUCAACGAGGCCGCCGUGUGGUAAGGCCGCAGCCGGGCCGCCCCUGCGCACCGCCCCCAGGGGCGCAGCCCGGACGCAGCCUCCGAAACCAAAACGCCCGACGCGGACGCGGCCCGGAUCUCCCUCAGGAGUUCUCUCUCGGGUCCGCACCCAACUGGAAGCUGCUCCUCGGCUGGGCGCCGAGGGGGGCCGACCCCCAUCUGCACCCCGGGGGCUCUCCAGCUUCAGCCAGCCGCCCGCCAGCGCUCUCCGGGCAGCCGUGAGCAAUUUCUUGGGACCAAAGUCAAUAUUCCGGAGGGUCAAGAGAUUCCAAGCACGCUCUGGAUCGCGGCCCCCACCCUCCCACCAGCUCUUUGGACGGAGAGGGGGUGAGGCCAGGGGCGGAGACGGUGGGUUUUUUUCCCCCUCCCUCUCUCUCUGCAAUCCGAGUGGCAUUUUGUAAUCUCAUUUCUCGCUCGGCUUUCUCCAUCUUUAAAUUUUUUUUUGAUAAGAAAAAGGAGAGAUUGAAAGGGAGAGAGAGAGAGAUGAGGAAAGCGUCAGGCAGAGAGAGAAGAUGGAGAGGGUGAGCGAGAGAGGCACACACUCCAUCAGGGGGACCCGGGGAGACAGAGCCACCUGCAGGCUGGCGCCCCCUGGUGGCCAAUACGAAGGCUCAAGGUCAGCUCUUCCAGGAUGUGGGGCUGUCGGGUUGUGGCCAGAGGGGCCAGCUCCCUGCCCUUCCUUCCUUUGACAUUAAUUUUGAGCCUGGGGGUCCAGGUUGGACUCGAACACCGCCCACUUCUGCCCCUGAGCGAGGCACCAAGUUGCUGGGCUCUGGCCCGCAGACCACCCUCCCUGCCCCAGGGCCUGGAGUUGGGCCGUCAGGAUGUACAAUAUUAUACUUUUUUGGAAGUCGAACGCUUCUAGUUUCCUUAUUUUGUAUAAAGAAGAAACAAAUAAAGUAUGUUUUUGUGU